UCUUGACUUUGCGACAUCUUUCAACUCUGACCACCAGAUUCGGGACCUCAAACCCUUUCAAUCGUCCUCACUCCAGUCGCUCGUUAUAUCCAGCAACAUGGCGCCAGUCAAGAAGGACAAAUACUCGGUGCUACUCCCGACCUACAAUGAGCGCAAGAACCUGCCCAUCAUCGUCUGGCUGCUAAACAAGACCUUCACCGAGAACAACCUCGACUGGGAAAUCGUCAUCAUCGACGACGCCUCCCCCGACGGCACCCAAGAAGUCGCCAAACAGCUCGCAAAGGCCUACCCAGGCCACAUCAACCUGCGGCCCCGCGCCGGCAAGCUCGGCCUAGGCACCGCAUACGUCCACGGCCUGCAGUACGCCGCCGGCACCUUCGUCAUCAUCAUGGACGCCGACUUCAGCCACCACCCCAAAUUCAUCACGCAGAUGAUUGGGGUGCAGCGCGAGAGCGGAUGCGAUAUCGUGACGGGCACGCGCUACGCGGGCAACGGCGGGGUGUACGGCUGGGACCUGAAGAGGAAGCUGGUGAGCAGGGGCGCGAAUCUGUUUGCGGAUACGGUGCUGCGGCCGGGGGUUAGUGAUUUGACGGGCAGCUUUCGGUUGUAUAGGCGGGGGGUGCUGGGUGAGGUGAUGGCGCGGACGGAGAGUAAGGGGUAUACGUUUCAGAUGGAGAUGAUGGUUCGGGCGAAGGCGAUGGGGUUUAGUGUGAGGGAGGUGCCGAUUACGUUUGUGGAUCGGGUGUAUGGCGAGAGUAAGCUGGGCGGGGAUGAGAUUGUGGAGUAUGCGAAGGGGGUGCUGAAUCUGUGGCUCAAGGUGUAGGUUGUGGGGAUGGAGGUGAGAGGAGGGGGCUGGAGCGCGCAUUCCUGGCGUUUGGAGCGCUGGCUGGAGCAUCCUACUACAAUAAUUACUCCUUACCACACGUGCAAUAAUAUCAUGUCAAUGUGGUACGCGAUUGGCAGGCUCUUGUGUGAAUCAGGACUGUUGGGUUGCACAAGACAGACGAUUAGCUGUUCAGAUAAUUUUGCAAUAGAGAAUAAGCAGUCGUAUAGAUAU